AAGUGCAAAUAUGUUUGUUUGGGUUGUUUGAAAGUUUCAAAUACUUGUUCUCUGCACUGACGGGCCGAAAAAUCAGAAAGGGGAAGUGACAAAGAUUAUAUUUUUUUAAGUUUCUGGUCGAAUUUUAUAUUGCAUUUCUUGGUUGAUCAAAGGAUUUCACUUUCGAGAGAUUCGGAGAGAUAAGCUAUGGGGAAUGGCCUUGACGUGCUUGGGGUCUACAACCGCUGCUCCCUUUACGCUUCCACCGGUGAAUG